GUGAUCCCGGUGUUCCCGGCGCGUCCCUAGCUGUCAUGUCGGCCCUGGAGAAGCAGCUGCAUCUGGGCCGCCUCCCGCCGCGGCCCCCGCUGCCCGGCGGCGGCGGCCAGUCCGGGUCCAAGAUGCGCAUGGGCCCUGGAAGAAAGCGUGAUUUUUCACCAGUGCUUUGGAGCCAGUACUUUGAGUCUAUGGAGGACGUUGUGGUAGAAAAUGACACUGGCAAGGAUACUUUUCGAAUUUACAAAAGUGGCAUGGAGGGGCCUGUCUUGCUGCUGUUACAUGGUGGAGGCCACUCUGCUCUGUCCUGGGCCGUGUUCACUUCUGCAAUCAUUAACAGGAUCCAGUGUAGGAUUGUGGCCUUAGACCUCCGAGGCCAUGGAGAAACAAAAGUAAGGAAUCCUGAAGAUCUGUCUGCAGAGACUAUGUCAAAGGACGUGGGCAACGUGGUGGAGGCGCUCUACGGGGACCUGCCGCCGCCCAUCAUGCUGAUCGGGCACAGCAUGGGGGGGGCCAUCGCCGUGCACACCGCCGUGGCCAACCUGCUGCCCAGCCUGCUGGGGCUCUGCAUGAUCGACGUCGUGGAAGGUACCGCCAUGGAUGCCUUGAACAGCAUGCAGAACUUCCUAAGGAGUCGUCCCAAAACAUUCAAGUCGCUCGAGAAUGCUAUUGAGUGGAGUGUAAAAAGUGGACAGAUAAGAAAUCUUGAAUCUGCCAGAGUUUCUAUGGUCGGUCAAGUCAAACAGUGCGAAGGGGCUGACAGUCCUGAAUGCCCUAAAGCCAUAGUAGAGGGAAUUAUUGAGGAAGAGGAGGAGGAGGACGAGGAUGAGGAAGGAGGAGGCUCUGUCAACAAAAGGAAGAAAGAGGAUGACACAGAGACAAAGAAGGAGCAUUUGUACACGUGGCGAAUCGAACUGGCCAAAACAGAAAAGUACUGGGAUGGCUGGUUCAGGGGUUUAUCCAACCUCUUCCUGAGCUGUCCGACUCCAAAGCUUUUGCUUUUAGCUGGUGUUGACAGGCUGGAUAAAGAUCUGACCAUUGGACAGAUGCAAGGGAAGUUCCAGAUGCAGGUUCUCCCCCAGUGUGGCCACGCAGUCCAUGAAGACGCUCCGGACAAGGUUGCUGAAGCUGUUGCAACGUUCCUGAUCCGUCACAGGUUUACAGAACCCAUUGGUGGAUUCCAGUGUGUGUUUCCUGCUUGUUAAUAUCCUGGUGUUCUCCAGCACUGAUUCCCAUUGUAAAUAAACUGCACCAGAGGCCACUGUGAUGUAUCCAUAUCCUCUCAUCUCCCAGUCCAGCAGCAGUGAGAAGUUGGUGUGAGAUUCAUCCCCUAGAACUAGCUCUCCAGAAUAUCUAAAUUCUUAGGGACUUCCUUGCUGGGAAGCAGCUUCUACUGAAGACCAUGAAAAGCUCUUCAGGCCCUUGGAACUGGGAUCCUCUUCUCUGCUGCCACAAGGAAAGACCUCCUGGAAUCCCAAGUAGUCAAUCAUACCAAUCUCCAUGGAUUCUCAGGCUUUCUUGGACCCAACUGCAGAAGGGCUGUUGGCAGUCCACAUCCACUGAGGGCAUUGCAGCACAGCCAAAGGCUUCAGGAUUUCUCGGUGGAAUCACUGAAUCAUCUUGGAAGUGCCCCUUAGAUUUGGGUUUUAUACAUACACUUUCUUUUUCCCCUAAAGCAGACGAGGAAUGAGCUUCACUGGGAGCUCAGGUUUCAUCUCACCAGUGCCAGCCUUAGGGGUUAAACUGUGGGAAAAGCCUGGAGGCCACUUUCCUGGGCAAAGUUGGAUGGGAUUGUAAAUCUAAAAGGCGAGGAGGGACUGUGAGCUCCAUUUCAGAGUCUUGCAGUUUGUCAGGUGCUGGUUUCAAAUCCUCUCUGGGAAGGAGAGUGUGAGUAACUCCAUCUGCUACAGACACAUCCCAGGCCAGAGGACUCUGUGUUUAUGGGGAAGACCCAAGGGCAGCAGGGACAAUGUGGUCAACAGGCAGUUUGCCUGUUUUCUGCUCCUGGAAUGUGUUUGUUCUUCCCUUCUUGUAGCUGCCACACACAGCUGGGCAGAGAUCAGCACCUUUGGGAUGGAAAAACAUGGAAUGGGCUGUAGGAAAAACCCUGGGAGAGCUUGGAGUCAGUCCUGCUGAUGUUGAUGCGGAGGGGUAGGCAGCUGUUCUCCCCAGUAUUAGAGGAAGGACCUUGUUCCCACUGUUGCUUCCUAGAUCAUUUUGCUGCCUGACUUCCAGAAUUCCAUGUGCACAGAGAGCU